AUGGAGUUAAAAAUCGGGAGGUCGUCCGCUGUUUUCUGGGUCUCCACCGCCGUUCUCUCAUCCACAAUCGACGAGGAUGACACCUCAAACGCUGCAAGGGGCUCCUUCACGGCGAAGAAGGAGCUGUCGGAGAAGAAGUGGAGGAGAGAUCUAGGACAACGAAGAGAGUUAGGGUUUCGCACUGACAUCGUGUUGCUAAGUGACGCUUAUGGGGCAGAAGGUGAACUGGGCAUUGUUUUAUCUAAGAAAUUCAUCGAACAUGAUGCUUAUUGUAUGUUUGAUGCUUUGAUGAAUGGGGCUCGUGGUUCAAUUUCAAUGAUCGAUUUCUUCUCCUAUUCCCCUUUGCCUGGGUCCCAUACUGGCUUACCUUCUGUAAUUGAAGCUUCUGCUGCAUUGUAUCAUUUGUUGUCUUAUGUGGAUUCAUCUCUGCAUGCCCAUCUUGUUGAUCUCGGGGUUGAACCCCAGUACUUUGCUCUCCGCUGGUUGCGAGUUUUAUUUGGGCGAGAAUUUUCACUCAGCAACCUUCUAAUAAUCUGGGAUGAAAUCUUUUUAUCAGAUAAUAGUAAAGUGGAAAAACAUGUCGAGGACAAUGCAGACUCUGGUUUUAGGAUCUUCAAUUCGUCUCGUGGAGCAUUUAUCUCUGCUAUGGCAGUAGCAAUGAUGCUUCAUUUAAAAUCUUCACUUCUUGCUGCAGAAAAUCCUACAACCUGUCUUCAGAGAUUAUUAAACCUCCCUGAGAACACGGAUAAUGAAAAACUAAUAGAGAAGGCUAAAUCCUUGCAGGCUCUUGCAUUAAGUACUGAGAUUUCAUCGUCAAUGCCUUCAUUCGUCGAGUAUCAUAACCAGGCCAAACCAGUUAUUGCAAGAUCUCACACCCUUUCAUCUGAAUCAAUCUCUCCGAAAACUCCUGUGAAUUCGGUACCUGAGAGCUACUGGGAAAAAAGUGGAGAGUUGUAA